AUGGCUUCAACAAUGCGCAAGCAAGUCGAACCCAGUGAAGCUGUUAAAAAAGCUUUGGCUAAGUUAGUUGACGGUGCUAAGAUUGUUCAACUCAGAGAGAAAGUCAAACCUCCAGAAGCAAAGCGUAUCAGAGAAGCUGUUGCCCUACUUUCUGGUAAACCAGAUUCGACCGACUCGCAAAUCUCCAAACGACAAAACAUCUACUUAGAGUUCCUUGAAAGCGUCCAUAAAAUGGGUCUCUCAAUGGUCGUCCUGUGCGCCGUCUCCCUUGGACCCUCAGCUGUGGUCAGUAUGAGGGACCGUGAUCGAGUUGCAUUACCUUCCAAGAUAGAGGAGAUACAGGACACAUUGGAGAGUGCCGUUCUACAGCGGCUUGCCAGGCAAUAUUCUGCAAAGGGUUUACCGAGCGUCGACGGAGAGUCAGCCUCUUUGGCAAAGGCGUCAAAUAUGGUGAUGACAGAAAGUAGGUAA